UGCGGAUCAACAUCACAAUCAGUUCAGUUCGUUCAAAACCGAAUUAAAACGUGAACUAUUUCCUUAGGGAAAUUCAGCAGUGAAACUAAGCGAAGAAGAUCUUCUGUCGUUCGCUCCUUACGAUGUCGGACUACUCAAAGUUCCUGGCCAACCUGACCGACCAACUGGGUCUCCUGCCGCCGUUCUCGCCCAGCGGUCUGGGAGCACUCGGCCACCUGGGAAGCCUGGGGAACAACUUGGGCAACCUGCGCCCCGCCCACAAGGCGCUCAUGUGCGUGGGCGCGGCCACCGUGGCCUGCGUGGUCCUGGGCCUCACGGUCAAGUCCCUGAAGAAGGGGCGUGGCCGCAAGGACGACAAACGGAGCAUUCGGAACGGGGCACCGAUGACUGGCGGGGAGCAGGAUGACGGUUACCUCGUGGAGGGAAAUUAGUUGGAAUCAGAAGAACCCCUCGGGUUCGCCCCGAAAAGAACACUCCACUGGAAGACAGUUUGUUGCCACGUUCUCUGUAUAUUUUGUAGUUUUUUUUACCGCCAUUCUAUCUAAAUGGAAUUAUAUUUUACGUUAACGAGUUUAUGAAUUAAAUACGCCAAUCUGA